ACAGCAUGAUGCUCGCUUCAAUGGCCGCUGCUGUAGUGAUGCUGGUGCUAGUCCGGGGCCAGGCCAUCGAUUUCGGCUUUGCGGGUACCUGUGCGAGUCGGGACUUGGGUUUUGGAACGUGCGUGACACCUGACAAGUGCCAACAAGCCAACGCGGAGCGGACGCGGAGCUGCAACGGACAGGUUUGUUGCCCCCGCAACCAGCUGAUUCUGACCACCACCGCGGCCCCGGACGACUCGGAGACUUUCCAGCAGCUGGUGCAAGACUGCGGCCGAGUGCAACCCAGUCGGAUCGUCUUUGGCAGGUCCAUCCGCAGCGCUGGUCGGCUGCGAAAGAUAGGAAGAAAUAUUCCCGUAACGGCUGUGGUCGGUGGUGUGCCAGCUACUCCGAGCAAGUGGCCGUGGAUGGCGCUGCUCGGCGAGCGGAGGGAAGGCGGAACGCGCUGGACCUGUGGCGGCACGCUCAUCGCCCCCAGCACGGUGCUGACGGCGGCGCACUGCGUCAACGGCCGACAGCCGCCCCAGCUGGUCGUGCGGCUGGGCGAGUACAACAUCUCGCACACCCGAGACGGCCGCCACCAGGACCUCGGCGUGUCCCGUGUCGUGCUCCACCCUGCCUACCGGCGCUCGCAGAAUGAUGUGGCGCUGCUGCUGCUGUCCCGGCCGGCGGCGCUGGGCGUGCGCGUGCAGCCCGCCUGCCUGCCGCCGCCCGACGCCGACCACACGGGUCAGGAGGCCGACCUGGCCGGCUGGGGCCGGGUCCAGUUCGCCGGCAGCGUGCCAGAGGCGCUGCAGGAGGUGCGUCUGCAGGUGGUGGACCCGGCGCAGUGCGAGCGCAACUACCGCGAGGCGCCGUCUUUCGAUACCUUGUUCCUCGGAGGUUUCCAGGGCACCAAGGUAUGCGCCAACGGCCGCGACGGCACGUCCAAGGACGCUUGUCAAGGCGACUCUGGCGGCCCUCUGGUGAUCCAGGGCGCCGACGAUCGUUACCAGGUGAUCGGUGUCGUCUCCACCGGCCUGGGCUGCGGAAACCCAAAGUAUCCGGGCAUCUACACCAAGGUGUCCAAGUACAUCCCCUGGAUCGUGGACAACAGCCAGCGGCAGUGACGCUGACUCGGCUGAAGCGGGAUGGCCC